AUGGGGGCAGUCAAGACCCCUCAGGCAGUAACAGAGGAGCCCAUGCCAGACAUGGCUCAUCAGGAAACCGAAGACCCAUGCAGUCAAGUAAGUUGUUUACCUCAUAUCCCUCAAAAUUGGUCAGAUAUAACCUCCGACAAAUGGGUGCUUCAGAUUUUCAAAAGGGACUUACAACUCCCUCUCAUUCAGUUUCUUUUCCAGAGUCAAGCUGUGGGCAGAGAG